GAAGAGCUUGGUUUAACACGAUUCAUAAAGACGGGUACAGGUACCGGUAUCACUGAGUGGACGGAUUCUUCUGAUUCUUUACCAUCGACAUUGCCAGACAAUGUGAAGAGGAAUAUGUAUAAAGUUCUCAAUGCCACUACAGGAAGCGUCGGUGUGUUCAACUGGACGUAUGGCUCCAACACAGUGAAAACGAUACGGAUGAGAUCCACAGCAACCCUUCUACCCAUUUUUGUCACCCGCACGGUGAACCUCAACGACAACGUAAGUCUGACAGUUAAACAAAAGAUACCAGAUGAACAGAAUCAACAGAGCAGAUGGAGAAAGGAUGGCGGCGAUGUGGUAAAACAAAAUACCUUUAACUUCGAUAUAAACAAUGCCAAUACCGACGACAGCGGUAUUUAUGAGUGUCACUAUCAGCAUAAACGUGGUGAAGGAAAUCAAGCGCUACUGAGAUUAAUCGUCAGAGGUUGUCCCAAAAAUAAACAUGGCCCUCCUGACUGUCGCGACGAGUGCCCGAGAUGUCUCAAUGGUGGCAUUUGUGAUGACGUUGGGGGUGGCUGCAUUUGUCCACCAGGGUUUGGUGGUAGACUCUGUGGAAGAAUUAAAGGACCGAACAGCUUUGGGCGUCGAGGGGGCCUCCGCUGUGACGCUGUUGGGUUGCCACACGAUGGUUCUACCUGCAAAGGAAUGCUGUUCUGUUUACCGGAUCCAUACGGAUGCAGCUGUGCCGCUGGGUACCAGGGACUUGAGUGCAAGACAGGUUGUACUAAUGGAACAUACGGUGCCAACUGUGCCCAGAUAUGUCACUGUGCCGAAGGGGUGUCAUGUAAUGGAACAACGGGUGAAUGUGAUGGAGACUGCGCAGCGGGAUACAAAGGAGAUAACUGUCAAAUACAAUGUACCUCUGGUGAAUUCGGUUUGAACUGUGCCCAGACUUGUCACUGUGCGGACGCGUCAUGUGAUGGCACAACGGGUCGGUGUGACGGAGACUGUGCAUCGGGAUACACAGGAGACAACUGCCAAGUGUGUAUCGAUGGCAAAUUCGGCGUCAACUGUGCCCAGAACUGUCACUGUGCCGACGGUGCGUCAUGCGACGGUACAACGGGUGAAUGUGAUGGAGACUGUGCAGUGGGAUACAAAGGAGAUAGCUGUCAAGUACAAUGUGCAUCUGGCCAAUUCGGUUUGAACUGUAACCAGAACUGUCACUGUGCGGACGCGUCAUGUGAUGGAACAACAGGUGAAUGCGAAGGAAAUUGUGCAGCAGGAUACACAGGAGAUAACUGUCAAGAUUGUAUCGAUGGCAAAUUCGGUGCUGACUGUGCCCAGACUUGCCACUGUGCCGACAGUGUGUCAUGUGAUGAAACAACAGGUCAAUGUAGUGGAAGCUGUGCCGCAGGAUACACUGGGAACAUUUGUCAAGAGCAAUGUCUUCCCUACGAAUAUAAGCUAUCGUGCAGUACGACUUGUACAAUAUUAGAUCCCAACAUCAUACCCCAACGUCUCAAUGUGUCUUCUUAUUCUGCUGAUGAUUCAUUCACUCACACAUUAUCAUGGGAACCAGUAAUGUGCCCAUCAAAAGGCUUCAGUAUUGUGAACUACGUAUAUAAGGUGCUUGAUGGACGUGGGAGUGAAGUUGAACUAGUUGCAGUGGAGAGUACAUCGGUCAGUCUUCACUUGACACAUUGCACAAGAUAUCAACUCGAAGUUGCUGCACGAACGAGUAAAGGCAUCGGAAAUUUCGGCACAGCAUCUUACACAACUAAAUCAAAAGUUCCCAAUCAGGUAGCAAAUGUAGCAGUAUCUCCCAUCGGUCAUAAUCAACUGACAGUAUCAUGGGAUGCUCCUCUCACCGACAAUCAGAGUCCUUGUCCUGCCACUGACUACCUGGUGACCUAUGACCUUAUAAACCUUGAGCAGUGUCAGGAGGUUAGUAGAGAUGUUGAAAUAUUGACCACAACCUACACUACAAUCACAAUUAACAGACUUGAUGCGUUCUCAACAUACCGGGUGACCGUUACAUCGAGAAACCAAGCUGGAAGUAGUACCCCCGUGUACAGAACUGUGAAAACGACACAAUCAAUACCAGGAGCACCAACUGUAAUUGUCGACUCGACAUCGACAGAUUACAUCGAGUUCGCAUGGGAGCUUCCAUGUGGAAGAACGGGUGGCAACAUAACAGAGUACCCAUACAAGUAUAAAAAAGCAACAGACAAUGAGUUCAUCCAGCCUAUCACAACAACGGAUACACGUAUAAGGAUAACUUUCUUGACGCCAUGCACUUCAUAUGUAUUUCAAGUGAGAGCUUUGAACAACAUCGGAAGAGGACCGUGGUCCAAUGAGGCUAGGCAAAAUACAACACAAAAGGAACCUUUGGGUGUCAAGAAUUUAAGCGUUAAACCAGGCAGCCAAGGUAUACUGGUUGCGUCUUGGGAAGACAAGGGAGUUGGCCAUACAAAAAAUCCGUGCCUCGCUUCUAACUACCAUGUGACCUAUGAACUCAUCAAUCUGGAUCAAUGUGGGGAGGGUGAUCGAUCCGGUGCCUCAAAGAACACUAAAGAUACAACAACCACUGUCGAGGGUCUUCAUCCAUACUCUACCUAUAGAAUCAAUGUAACAUCGAGAAAUGAAGCAGGUGAUGGACCCACAAAAUCCAAAUCAGCGAUUACAACAGAAAGAAGUUUCGGGAUUGCGCCUACAUUCAAUAGCAGUAGAGUGACAUCUAAUACCAUCAGCAUCACCUGGAACCCCAUCCCAUGUGGUAGUAGAGGAGUUCGUAUCACUAGUUACGUCGUGAGUUUGUCUCGACAAGACGGGCAGAGCAAGCGAGACAACCUAAAGCAAGUGCCAAACACUUCUGUAUCUGCACAGUUUGACCAGUUAUUCCCUUGUACAACAUACAUUAUCACCGUAACUACUAUACAACUUAGGGGUGAAGGAACAUCGUUUAGCCGUGAAAUAGAAACAGACACAACCGUUCCAGAAGCUGUUACUGGCUUGACUAUCAGUCGCAUACGCCAUGAUCAACUGGAAGUAUCUUGGACAGCCCCUGGUACCAACACUGACAAUCCAUGCCUCGCCGCUGACUACCUGGUGACCUAUGAACUCACCAAUCUGGAGCAAUGUCAGAAGGUUGAUGAUGCCGGUGUUUCAUCACUGAACACUCCCGAUACUUCAGUCAUUAUAGAAGGAUUAAAAGCACACUCUACAUAUAGGGUCUAUGUUACACCGAGAAAUGAAGCUGGGAACGGAACAGCGACAACUAGUUCAAAGAUUACCGGCGAAAAAAGCCCUCAAGCUGCGCCUACAUUUAAUAGAAGUGAAGUGACUGCCAGUAGCAUCAGCAUCACUUGGAACCCCAUCCCAUGUGGCAGCAGAGGAGGCAGUAUCACAGGCUACAUCUCAAAGUUGUUUUUAAAAGGAAAUAUCCAAAUUCAAGAUGACGUGAUUGGUGAGAGUACGUCUGUACAGUUUGACGAGUUGGCUCCAUGUACAAACUACACCAUCGCUGUAACUACAGACGGAACAAGCAUAGGCACAUCAUUUGAGCGGGAAGAGACCACAUAUACUGUCGCUCCAGGACGAGUGACCGUGCUACGGGCAAACCCAACCUCAGACGCAACCCAGAUCCAUGUUACUUGGCUGAACCCCAACGCCAACGACUGUCCAGUCUCUAAGUACAAAGUAGAAUACCAACUCCUGCACAGGGACCAGUGUGUCAGAGACGUACCACAGAAUCGUGAGCAGUGGCUUGAUGGCUCACAGUCACCAACAACCAUAACUGGAUUAUACCCACACUCUACGUAUCAUGUUUACGUCACGCCUUCUAACAGUGCAGGAGCAGGGGAAGAGGCAUCAGUGCUGGUCACUACCAACAGUACUGCACCUUCCGGUCCUCCAAGUGAUUUGAAGUUUUUUGAUGUUACCAACCAAACCAUAUCGUUCUCAUGGAAACGACCAGUGUGUGGUCAGCGUAACGGAAUCAUAACCCAGUAUCAUUACAGUCUCAUUGACAGUGAAGAAGGAGUGUUCGAGGAAGAUACAACCUCUAGUACUGGGACAGAAUUCACUGGCCUCGUUCCUUUUAUGUCAUACAAACUGUCUGUAUCUGCAGAGAAUCAGUUUGCUUCAGGGCCAGUUGCUUCAAUUACGACUCCAACACAAGAAGGAAUUCCUCCUCCCCCAAGCAAAGUCACUUUUCCAGUUACGAGGAGCGACAUGAUCACCGUAGCGUGGAACGCUCCUAGUCCUCCUCAUGGCAUCAUCAUCAGCUACGACCUUCGAUAUUGGAAGACAGGGUCAGGGAACCAGACAUUGGGAGAUACAGUGAGAAUCACUAAGCAGCUUUCUAAUCAGUACCAGAGGAGGAAGAUCUCGAAUUUGGAAGGAAGUAUAAGCUACUCAGUCCAGGUUCGAGCUGAGACAAGUGUUGGACAUGGUCCAUGGAGUGACAUCUCAACCGUUACUACUGAUGCCGGAGAGCCAAGUCAACCGCGAUCUCUGAUCGCUACAGCGAUAACCCAGACGAGCAUCACACUCAGUUGGGAAAAACCACAAUAUCCAAAUGGGAGGAUCGUACAUUAUAUUGUUGAGCACCGUGUGUAUGCCCGCCCAUACGACCGUAGCUUCAACUUCUACAGUCACGCAGAAUUUUGGAGUUCAAAAGUAUUGGCUGCGCCUUUAAUUACAGUUAUCGGCGAUUUAGAGCCUUCCACGCAGUAUGAGGUUCGGGUUCAGGCAGUAAACAAUGCCAAUAUAACUGGAAAUAUUACACAACUGGAAGUCUUCACUGAAUUACCAACAGAUCUUACUCCACCUGAUAAGCCGGCUCUCAUCGGGGCGGAGUCAAGUGUCACACAUCUGACCCUCCGACUAGCCAGUACCAACACCUCUAAAUAUACCAGUUCUUACCAGAUUGGUGUGAAGAGCAUUGCUGAUGAUUCGACCUUGACUGGCAAAAUAUCCAAACGAUCUGCGCCUGAAUUUCUGCACCACGACAACAAUCCUUCUGCUUAUGUUGCUGCUGAAUUACCUGGAAGACUCCCAGAAAAGUUUGUCGUUGGUGACAACAAAACCUACGGCGGGUACUGGAACCCACCGCUGCAAGAGGGCGCUGUGUACGAGAUCUACGUCGGUGCUGUCAGCAGAAUAAAUGAAACGAAAGCGAGCGUGGUUUGGAAUGACGAACCAUUGACAGUGGAAGUGGAUGGAGAUUACUCGGAACCUAACGCUGCUGGAUCGGUUGUUGCCGUGAUACUCAUUCUUCUGGUGUUAGUCAUCAUUGUUUUGCUCGCCGCUGUUUUCUUACGCAAGUGGAAAGAAGGAAAGGCAGUGGAUGGACAUAAUGGUGUGAAUGCAGCUUCUCAAAACCCACCAGACUAUGAAGACAUUGAGCUUUCAAACCGUGGCUGUGAUGCAUCCGCUGACAAAGUCUCCCGUUCAUCUACCGACCAUUCCUCCGGACAGUCAGCCAGUAUCCCCGGCCCAUCUGCACCGAAAUCACCCACUAAGGAUCAGUCUGGUGCCGGUCCGUCAACAUCAACCAAGCCGACUAUCAAACAGAAGCCGAAUAUUAGGUCCAGACCCAAGUCAAAGAGUGCUGUUAAGGGUGCAUCUGGCUCAUCAACAACGGGAGUCGUGACCAUGACUGAUCUAGCACGGUUUAUCAAAGCAAGAAAGUCUGGAAAGAUCAAUGCAUUUCAGCAAGAUUUUGAGACGCUCCCAGCUGUACCCAACCAUCCCCAGACGGAAGCAUUGGAUGAUGCGAACAAGAAGAAGAACAGAUACAAAAAUAUCUCUGCAUACGACCACUCACGUGUUGUGCUUGAGCCACUUGAAGGACAUCCACAUUCGGACUACAUCAAUGCAUGUUACAUUGACGGAUACAAGUACGAUGCCAAGUAUAUUGCAUGCCAAGGUCCCAAUCAGACGACCGUGAUCGACAUGUGGCGUAUGGUAUGGCAGGAACGUGUCGGAAAGAUCAUCAUGCUCACAAACCUCGUGGAGAAUGGAAAGGAUAAAUGUGAGAAAUACUGGCCAGACGAAAAAUUGUUCAAUGAUUAUGGUGAAGUUUUUGUCAGAAAUGUUGAAGAAAAGAAAAGUCCGACCUUCAUCUUGAGGACUUUCCACUUGUCAAAGAGCAGCGAGCCCGAAGGCGAGUACCGUGAGGUUCUGCAGUAUCAUUACAUCACAUGGCCCGAUAUGAAGCCACCCGAGUCUUCAUCCCUUCUACAGUUUAUUGGACGAGUACACGCCUCAGAAACAACCCAACAUGGUCCUACUAUCGUGCACUGCAGUGCUGGGGUUGGCCGAACUGGAACCUACAUAGCAUUGGACGCCAUGAUGGAACAGGCUCAGGCAGAAGGACAGGUCGAUGUACUCAGCUUUGUGCGUAACAUGAGGGACAAGCGCUACUUGAUGGUUCAAACUGUGGGUCAGUUCAAGUUCAUCUACGAGGCUUUGUUGGAGUCCAGUCUGUCCGAGAACACUGCCAUCUCAGUGGAUCGAUUCCCACAAGAUCUAAUCAAACUGAAAAAGCGUGAUAAGAAAACUGGAACAAACGGCAUGGAAGACCAAUUCCAGAUGUUGGAUACUUUCACUGCAUCAAUGAGUGACGACCAGUGCUACGGAGGGAGGCAGCCUGACAACGCAGACAAGAACAGAUUUGAGGAUUGCAUUCCAAGGGACAGCACCAGACCAUACCUGAUGACAACAGGUGACGAAGGUAGCACUAACUACAUCAAUGCUACAUUCUUAGAGGGUUCCAGAGGCAAGCACUCCUACCUGGCCACACAAGCUCCCCUACCCAGCACGAUGGGUGAUAUAUGGCGGCUGGUGUUUGACUACAAAUCAUCCUGCAUUAUUAUGCUCAACUCCAUGGACAAUGACCCGCAGAGCAUCCCACAGUACUGGCCGGAGGAGGGCAGCAUGAGCUUUGGACCACUGACUGUACAGUUACUGAGUGAGGAUCAACGCGACGAGGACAUGGUCGUGCGACAAUUCGGCAUCACGUACCCACUUAGAAAUCAGAAAGAGGUGCAGACUGUAUGCCAUAUCCAGUUCCUGCAGUGGCCCAAAAAGAAGGACAUCCCCAGCUCGCCGUCUAGUCUCCUUAAAUUGAUUGAGGCUGUCAACACGUGGACGGAGGAGCAUCCUGAUGGACCACUCACAGUCCACUGCAUUGACGGAGAGGGUUGCAGUGGGACAUUCUGCACCCUGGUCACCCUCUUAGAUCGCCUAGAGCAGGAUGGGGUCAUUGACGUCUUCCAGGCAGUUAAGAAACUCCGCUCAACUCGAGCUGGAAUGGUCAAGACAUUGGCUCAGUACCAGCUGUGCUAUCAAGUGGUCAAGUCGUAUCUGGAUGAAGCUUCAUCGUCAACUAUCUAUGAGAACGUACACCGUUAAACGGGAUCACAUAUUUUUCAUGCAUUAAAGUAUCGGUUUGGCUGCGUAAAUUGAUCAUUAUCCUUAUCAAGUAUUGUCUAUGCAUAUAACAAGUUUUUUUUUAUAUAAUUAAGAUUAAGUGUAUUGAUUAAAAAGUAUAUACAUUUGCAUAUACAAGAUUGGUUAGUUACAAUAAGUUAAAGUCAUAUGCUUAAUUGCUAUAAUAACCAUUUUUUUAUGUUGACCAUUACACAAAUGAUUACCAAGGAAUUGUUCUAAAUCAUGAGAAGUCAGUCCGUUUCCCCUACUGAAAAACCGAAAUGGUUAUGCCAAGGCAAAACAGUGUAUGCUUAGUCUCUGAUAUGCAUUGAUAAGCUGAAGUGUCAAGUAUCAGCAGUGUGAACAAUUUUCAUGGAAAAGUAAUUUGUCUCAAUACUGAAAACUGAGAUCACAACUUUGAUACUCGUAGACCUAUUGUUGUCACAGCGCUGUAAUUAUUCACGUUUCCAGGGGGAAUAGAACCGCGUGUGUAUACAACCAAUGGAGGAAUCUGUAGUCAAUCUAAAGUGACAGUCCAACAAAAUCAAAAUGAAAUGAUUGUUUAUUCGUAGACGAUUAUUGCUUGGCGGUUCAUAGUGAUAGUAAAACAACAAAAUUAUUAAAAUGAUUUGAGCAAAAUCACAUUAGGUUAGACUACGAUGAUGACAUUUUACCUAGGCAUAAUAUCGAAUUUUAUAUGUACUCUCGCUUAAUCAAGAACACAUAAGAUUAAAGUCACCUGGAAGUGGUAUUUUUCAAAAUAAAGCUUUUGUCACUAAUAGAUGUAUUUUGAUGAGUGGAAU